AUGAGAUCUGCAGAAUGGACGCAAGGGAAACAAGACAGGCACAUGGGGAUUGGGAAAUGGAGAGUUGCGCACCUUGCUUGCGAGUACCGAGAGGGGGGUAGGAAAAAGCAGGUCACCGGUGGUGGUUCAAACGUGGCAGCAGAAAACGAGGAGAGCGAGAAUUAG